GGGUGGGUGGGUGGAUGGAUGGAUUCCCGAUUUUAUAAAUUGGUCUGUGAUGUAUGAAUGAAUGCAUUUCAUCAAGUGUACUUAAUUCACCGCGCCCGCCCGUCCUCAAUCUCUUCUCUCUUUCUCUUGUGAGUCUGGGAAUAUAUAUGGGAUUUGUUUCUUCUUCCCAUAUUUGGUAUUUCUUCUCAUCUUUAACCAAAAAGGAAGGCUCUCUGUCUGCCUGUCCCUCCAGUUAAUUGCUUUCUAGCCUCCCCUCCCCUCCCACCCCACCUCUCCUUUUUUAGCAACACUAUAUAUACAUACAUAUAUUCCCAAUAGCAAUAGCAAGUUCUUGUGCUGCUUCUUAAUUUAAGCUCAUAUUUUGGCAAAUUUCUUUCCAGCAUACAUACACAGACACAGUCAGGUAGGUAAUUCUGGAAACUCAUCACUACUAAUUGAAUCAUACACCGACACCGACACAGAGACAGACACCAGCAACUUCAUAUGUAUGCUUCGUGUGUGUGUUAUGGUGUGAUCUGGCCUGGGUGUUUGAGGCAAUUUACACGUGUUUGUUUGCUGGUUGGUGUAGUGCAACUGUAUUAAUUAAUUAAUUAAUUAAUAUUUGCAUCGAGAGAGAGAGAGGGAGAAUUAGCAUAGCAAGGCAAGGCCAGGGAAAGCAGUAAGUAAGUAAUAAUGGUGAGAGGGAAGACAGAGAUGAGGCUGAUAGAGAACGCGACAAGCAGGCAAGUGACCUUCUCCAAGAGGAGAAAUGGUCUCCUCAAAAAGGCUUUCGAGCUUUCUGUCCUCUGCGAUGCCGAGGUUGCUCUCAUCAUCUUUUCUCCCACAGGCAAGCUCUAUGAAUUCGCCAGUUCCAGCAUGCAAUCUACUAUCGAACGAUACGAAAAACAUAUGACAGAGAUUCGAGCUCACGACCCCCCAGAGGAACACAACAUGCAGAAAUUGAAGCAGGAAACUGCAAGUUUGAUGAAAAAGAUCGAGCAUCUCGAAGCAUCAAAAAGGAGGCUCCUCGGCGAAGGCUUGGGAGGCUGCAGCAUCGAAGAACUGCAGCAACUCGAAGAGAAGUUAGAGCGCAGCGUUGUUACCAUACGCGCAAGAAAAAUGCAAGUGUACAAGCAACAGAUCCAGCACUUGAAAGAAAAGGGACAAGCUCUAUCUGCUGAGAAUGCCAUGCUUUGCAAGAAGUUUGGAGAAACAGAACGAGGGGGAUCGAGCGAAGCAGAGAGACAAGUCGCGGCGUCUGCAGAGAUCAGCGAGGUUUCAGAUGUGGAGACAGAGCUGUUCAUUGGACUACCGGAGACACGGAACAAGCGAGUGCGCCACCCAGAAAUCAUCUAAUCUAAUCUGAUCUAAUCUAUCCAUGUCAAGUAGUACAUAACAAUCCUUAUUAUUUAUUUCUAAGUUAUGCUAAUGCCAUGUAGUAGUCAUUACAUCUCAAGUUCUUCUCGCCCGGAAUUAGCAAACUAAUGGCAACAACGUUUAUAUAUUUUUGCCUGGAAUCAAUCCAGUUGUUUUUUGCAACUUACAAACAGCACCAGCAGUCAAUGUAAGUUAAUGGCUGCUGAUCUGGGGAUUCUACUCUUGCUGCUAUUUUUUGUUUUUGUAUUGACAUAUAAUUAAAGCUUGAGAUUGAAUUCUUC